UCACCCAUGCUGAACAAGUCUCUCAGAGUCCACUCUACAGAUCUAUUUGUAACAGCUAUUCUCAAUUUCGCCGACACCGACCCUUCAUUCUUCACAGCUUGUAUUCUUCUGAGCCAAACUGUCUAUUAAGAAGCUGCGUCCACCUCUCUCACAAUAUCGCCAAUGAAAAACUUGACACUGGCCGCUUUGGAAGCGAAAAUCGGAUUAUUUCAUUCAUCAUGCUAGUGACAGAAGUGCUUGGUUCUUCUAACAAGUACAUCCGAAAAGACCUGUCAUUCAUUCUUUUUUUUCUAAUUUCUUACAAGUGUUGAACUUUUCACAGCGAGCGCGCCUGGCAUUGCCCUGCGAAGACUCUUUUUCGCGCCCCCCCUCCCUCCGCGUGCGAUAAAUUUCACACACUGGCCUCAUUGAUUGCGGUAUAAAAGGGGCACGGAAACCGAAAACAUGAUGAGCAAUAACGCGUACUACGACCAGCAGCAGCCGCCCCAGUACUACCAGGGCUCCGAUAACGGGGAAGACCAGGGAGACGAGAUGCCUGCCACAGAGAAGGACCUAGCAGAGGAUGCGCCUUGGAAGAAGAUUCAGCAGAACACCUUCACCAGGUGGUGCAACGAACACCUGAAAUGCAUCAACAAGAGAAUAAACGACCUGCAAAAAGACCUAAGCGAUGGGCUCAAACUGAUCGGUCUCUUGGAGGUUUUAAGCCAAAAGAAAAUGUACAGAAAGUAUCACGCGCGACCCAACUUCAGGCAAAUGAAACUGGAAAAUGUGUCGGUGGCGUUGGAAUUCCUUGACAGAGAACACAUCAAACUGGUGUCGAUAGACUCUAAGGCCAUUGUCGACGGGAACCUAAAGCUGAUCCUGGGCCUGAUAUGGACGCUGAUCCUGCACUACUCCAUCUCCAUGCCCAUGUGGGAGGACGAGGAUGACGAGGACGCCAAGAAGCUGACACCCAAGCAGAGGCUGCUGGGCUGGAUCCAGAACAAGGUGCCCCAGCUGCCUAUCAACAACUUCCACCGGGACUGGAGGGAUGGCAAGGCCCUGGGUGCCCUGGUGGACAACUGUGCCCCAGGUCUGUGCCCUGAUUGGGAGACUUGGGACCCCAACCAGCCUGUGGAGAAUGCCAGGGAGGCCAUGCAGCAGGCUGAUGACUGGCUGGGUGUGCCGCAGGUGAUUGCUCCGGAAGAGAUUGUGGACCCCAACGUGGACGAGCACUCGGUCAUGACCUACCUGUCCCAGUUCCCCAAAGCCAAGCUGAAGCCAGGGGCCCCCCUCCGCUCCAAAACAUUGAACCCCAAAAGGGCAAAGGCCUACGGACCAGGUAUCGAGCCCCUGGGGAACAUUGUGCUCAAGAUGGCCGAGUUCAACGUGGAAACCCUGGAUGCGGGUCUCGGUGAGGUCAUUGUGUAUGUGGAGGACCCUGAGGGGCACACGGAGGAGGCCAGAGUUAUCGCCAACAAUGACAAGAACAGAACCUAUUCAGUGGUCUACGUGCCCAAGGUGGAGGGCCUCCACAAGUUGACCGUGCUCUUUGCCGGGCAGGACAUAGACAGGAGCCCCUUCAUGGUCAAUGUUUCCAAGGCAAUGGGAGACCCUAACAAGGUGUCCGCCCGCGGGCCGGGCCUGGAGCCAGUGGGCAAUGUCACCCAUAAGCCCACCUACUUUGACAUCUACACCGCAGGUGCUGGGGCAGGAGACGUGGGCGUGGUCAUUGUGGACUCUCAGGGUCGGAGGGACACAGUGGAGAUCCUGCUGGAGAACAAGGGGGACAGCAUUUUCCGCUGCACUUACCGGCCUGUGCUCGAGGGGCCCUACACCAUCUACAUCACAUUCGCCGGACACCAGAUUCCCAGAAGCCCCUUCACCGUCAACAUUUCUGAGGCUCCACAAAGCGCCCUGCCGGCCGGGUCACCAGUUCAGAUAAUCCCCCAGUCUAUUCACACUCCGCCCUCAGAAAAGGCCAAGAAAAUACCUCCCCCAACGCCGCCCAAACCCAGACGACCAACCAGCAACCCCAACACCUGCCGGGCGACUGGGCGAGGCCUGCAGCCCAAGGGGGUCCGGGUGAAGGAGGUGGCCGACUUCAGGGUGUUCACCAGGGGGGCUGGAACAGGGGAGCUCAAAGUCACGGUGAAGGGCCCAAAAGGAGGGGAGGAACCGGUGAAGGUGCGUGACACUGGGGAUGGGGUAUAUGAGUGUGACUACUACCCCAUUAUACCCGGAAAAUACACCAUCACCAUCACCUGGGGAGGGCACGCCAUUCCACGCAGCCCCUUUGAGGUUGAGGUCAGCCAGGAGGCGGGGCUGCAGAAGGUCCGUGCCUGGGGUCCUGGCCUGGUAACAGGAAUGGUGGGCAAAUCAGCUGACUUUGUGGUGGAGGCCAUCGGAACCGAGGUGGGAACGCUGGGGUUCUCCAUCGAGGGCCCAUCCCAAGCCAAGAUUGAGUGUGAUGACAAGGGCGAUGGCUCCUGUGAUGUGCGCUACUGGCCCACGGAGGCUGGCGACUACGCUGUCCAUGUUAUCUGCGAUGACGAGGACAUCAAGGACAGCCCCUUCAUGGCCCACAUCCUCCCCGCGGCCAAUGACGUCUUUCCGGAAAGGGUGAAGGCCUAUGGUCCCGGUUUGGAGCCCACCGGCUGCAUCGUGAACAAACCUGCCCAGUUCACUAUUGAUGCUCGUGGAGCCGGGAGAGGCCAGCUGAAGAUCUACGCUCAGGAUGCGGAGGGCUUCCCCAUCGAUAUCCGGAUCACCGAUAAAGGCGAUGGCACCUUCAUCUGCUUGUACAUCCCCACUAAGCCCAUCAAACACACGAUUAUCAUCACCUGGGGAGAGGUCAACGUGCCCAACAGUCCCUUCAGGGUGAUGAUCGGGGAGGGCAGCCACCCAGAGAACGUCAAGGUGCAUGGGCCUGGGGUGGAGAAGACGGGGCUGAAGGCCAACGAGCCCACCUACUUUACCGUGGACUGCAGCGAGGCCGGACAGGGUGAUGUCAGUAUUGGAAUCAAAUGCGCCCCUGGAGUUGUGGGCCCUGCCGAGGCUGACAUCGACUUCGACAUCAUCAAGAAUGACAACGACACCUUCACCGUGAAAUACACCCCACCUGGACCAGGGCGCUACACCAUCAUGGUGCUGUUCGCUGAUCAGGAAAUUCCUAUCAGCCCCUUCAGGAUCAAGGUGGACCCGUCCCAUGAUGCGGCCAAGGUGAGGGCAGAGGGCCCCGGACUCAACAAGACAGGCGUGGAGGUGGGCAAGCCCACACACUUCACCAUCUACACAAAGGGCGCAGGCAAGGCCAAGCCCGACGUCCAGUUCGUCGGGGUGGCCAAGGGCCAGGCUGUGCGGGACUUCGAGAUCAUAGACAACCACGACUACUCAUACACCGUGAGGUACACCGCUGUGCAGCAGGGCACCCUGAUGAUCUCAGUGUUGCAUGGGGGCGACCCCAUCCCCAAGUGCCCCUUCAACAUCACUGUGGCCCCUGCCCUGGAUCUCAACAAGGUCAAAGUCCAAGGGCUCAACAACAAGGUGGAUGUGGGGAAGGACCAGGAGUUCUCCAUCAACACACGUGGUGCCGGGGGGCAGGGCAAGGUGGAUGUGAAGAUCACCUCACCCUCACGCCGGCCAAUCCCAAGCAAGGUGGAGUCCAGCGCGGCUAACGACGUGCACUUGGUGAAGUACAUCCCGCCCGAGGAGGGCCCCUACAAGGUGGACAUCAGCUACGAUGGGAACCCUAUUCCCGGAAGCCCUUUUGCUGUGGAGGGGGUGAUGCCCCCCAACCCCUCAAAGGUACGCGCGUAUGGUCCUGGCCUGAAAGGAGGAAUCGUGGGUAAGCCAGCUCCCUUUGCCAUUGACACCAAGGGGGCUGGGACGGGUGGGCUGGGCCUGACAGUGGAGGGGCCCUGUGAGGCCAAGAUCGAGUGCCAGGACAACGGCGAUGGCUCAUGCUCUGUGUCCUACCUGCCGACCGAGCCUGGCGAGUAUGCCAUUAACAUCCUGUUCGCCGAGGCCCAUAUCCCCGGCUCGCCCUUCAAGGCUGUCGUGCGGCCUGCCUUCGACCCCAGUAAGGUCACCGCGAGUGGGCCGGGCCUAGAGCGGGGCAAGGCCAACGAGUCGGGCUCCUUCACUGUGGACUGCUCCAAGGCGGGCGACGCCGAGCUCACCAUCGAGAUCAUCUCCGACUCAGGGGUGAAGGCCGAGGUGCACAUCCAGAACAACAGCGAUGGGACCUACUCUAUCACCUACAUCCCACCCUUCCACGGCAUGUACACCAUCACCAUCAAGUACGGGGGCCAUGCUGUGCCCAAGUUCCCCGCCCGCCUGCAGGUGGACCCUGCUAUCGACACCAGCGGAAUCAAAGUCUACGGACCGGGUGUAGAGCCCAGAGGUGUUCUCCGGGAGGUCACCACCCACUUCACCAUUGACGCUCUCACCCAGACCAAAACUGGGGGCAGCCACAUCAAGGUCAGGAUUGUCAACCCCUCGGGCACCAACACGGAUGCCUACAUCACCGACAAAGGGGAUGGGACCUACACAGUGGAAUACACCGCGUUCGAGGAUGGUAUGCACCUGAUCGAAGUCCUCUAUGAUGACGUUGCCAUUCCCAAGAGCCCCUUCAGGGUACCCGUGACCGAGGGCUGCGACCCCAGCCGUGUGCGGGCCUAUGGGCCCGGCUUAGAGGAGGGCCUGGUCAACAAGCCUAAUCGCUUCACAGUGGAGACCAGGGGUGCUGGGACUGGUGGCCUGGGGCUGGCAAUCGAGGGUACGUCAGAGGCCAAGAUGUCCUGCAAGGACAACAAAGACGGCAGCUGCAGCGUGGAGUACAUCCCCUUCACCCCAGGAGACUACGACGUCAACAUCACUUUCGGAGGACUGCCCAUCCCAGGCAGUCCGUUUCGGGUGCCAGUGAGGGAGCUGGUGGACCCCAGCAAGGUGAAGUGCUCGGGGCCCGGGUUAGGGAGCGGGGUGAGGGCCCACGUCCCACAGACGUUCACUGUAGACGCCAGCAAGGCAGGCAUGGCCCCUCUGGAGGUGCAGCUGCUGGGGCCUACUGGGGUGGCUGAGCCCGUCAGCAUCAAGGCCAACGGUGAUGGCACGCACACCGUCAACUACACCCCUGCCAAGGACGGCCCCUACACUGUAUCCGUCAAAUAUGCCGACCAGGAGGUCCCCCGCAGUCCGUUUAAGGUCAAAGCACUGCCUGCCCAUGACGCCAGUAAGGUCCGUGCCAGCGGGCCAGGCCUCAACGCCUCGGGCGUGCCCGCCAGCCUCCCUGUGGAGUUCACUAUCGAUGCCCGCGAUGCAGGGGAGGGGCUGCUGACUGUACAGAUCCUGGAUCCCGAAGGCAAACCAAAGAAGGCCAACAUCCAGGACAACCGGGACGGCACCUACACCGUGUCCUACGUGCCGGACAUGGCCGGCCGCUACACCAUCACCAUCAAGUACGGCGGAGAUGAGAUUCCCUACUCACCCUACCGCAUCCAUGCCGUGCCCACCGGUGAUGCCAGCAAGUGCCUGGUCACAGUGUCUAUUGGAGGACAUGGAUUGGGCGCAGGUCUUGGGCCCACCAUCCAAAUUGGGGAGGAGACUGUUAUCACCGUAGAUGCAAAGGCUGCUGGCAAGGGCAAGGUCACCUGCAAGGUGUCCACUCCUGAUGGGGCAGAGCUGGACGUUGACGUGGUGGAGAAUUCUGAUGGCACUUUCGACAUCUACUACACUGCCCCCAAGCCGGGGAAAUACGUCAUCACCAUCCGCUUUGGUGGAGAGCACAUCCCCAACAGCCCCUUCCACGUGGUGGCGUGUGACACCAUUCCCAUAAUCGAGGAACCGUGUGACAAGCUGCAGUUACACCAGCCCUACGCCCCAUAUGCGGGCUACCCGCCCCACUGGGCCACCGAGGAGCCUGUUGUUGCCAUUGAUGGGAUGGAGCCCAUGCUCCGCCCCUUUAGCCUGGUCAUCCCAUUCACAGUGCAGAAGGGCGAGAUCACAGGUGUGGUACGCAUGCCCUCAGGAAAGACGGCCCGCCCCCACAUCACUGACAACAAAGACGGCACAGUGACAGUGAAGUACGCCCCCACAGAGAAGGGCCUGCAUGAGAUGGACAUCAAAUAUGAUGGCAACCACAUCCCAGGAAGUCCACUGCAGUUCUAUGUGGAUGCUGUCGACAGCGGUCAUGUGAACGCCUUUGGGCCAGGCCUGAGCCAUGGCAUGGUCAACAAGCCUGCCAUAUUCACCAUUGUCACCAAGGAUGCUGGGGAAGGUGGCCUGUCGCUGGCCGUGGAAGGUCCCUCCAAGGCGGAGAUCAGCUGCAAGGAUAACAAAGAUGGCACCUGCACUGUGUCUUACCUGCCCACUGCCCCUGGCGACUACAACAUAAUCGUCAAGUUUGACGAAAAGCACAUCCCAGGGAGCCCCUUCACAGCCAAGAUCACAGGUGAUGACUCUAUGAGGACGUCGCAGCUCAAUGUCGGCACAGCGACGGACGUCUCUCUGAAGAUCACAGAGACAGACCUGAGCUCGCUGGCAGCCACCAUCCGAGCCCCGUCAGGCAACGAGGAGCCGUGCCUGCUGAAGAGGUUGCCCAACCGCCACAUUGGGAUAUCCUUCACACCCAAAGAGGUGGGUGAGCACAUGGUGAGUGUGAAGAAGCAGGGCAAGCAUGUGACCAACAGCCCAUUCAAGAUCAUGGUGGGCCAAUCAGAGAUCGGGGAUGCCAGCAAGGUGAAGGUGUAUGGCAAAGGCCUGACGGAGGGGCGCACCUUUGAGGUGGCCGAGUUCAUCGUUGACACCAGGAAUGCAGGUUAUGGAGGCCUAGGGCUGUCAAUUGAGGGUCCGAGUAAAGUGGACAUUAACUGUGAGGAUGUUGAGGAUGGGACAUGCAAGGUGACCUACUGCCCCACUGAGCCGGGCACCUACAUCAUCAAUAUCAAGUUCGCCGACCAGCACGUCCCAGGAAGUCCAUUCACUGUGAAGGUGACUGGAGAGGGAAGGAUGAAGGAGAGCAUCACCAGGAAGAGGCAGGCGCCCUCCAUCGCCACCGUGGGGAGCACCUGUGACCUCAACCUCAAAAUCCCAGGGAACUGGUUUCAGAUGGUGUCGGCGCAGGAGCGGCUGACGCGGACGUUCACGCGCAGCAGCCACACGUACACGCGCACCGAGCGCACAGAGAUCAGCAAGACACGUGGUGGCGAGACCAAGCGCGAGGUGCGCGUGGAGGAGAGCACGCGUGUUGGGGGCGACCCCUUCCGCGACGUCUUCGGCGGCUUCCUGGGCCGCGAGAGCCUGGCCGGCUUCAGCGGCAUGCCACCCUGUGCCGAGGGUGAGACGGGCACCCAGGAGAUGACUGCUCAGGUGACCAGCCCGGGGGGAAAGACGGAGGAUGCGGAGAUCAUCGAGGGGGAGGACAGCACCUACAGUGUGCGCUUCAUCCCACAGGAGAUGGGUCCCCACACAGUUAACGUCAAAUACAGGGGCCAGCACGUGCCUGGGAGCCCCUUCCAGUUCACCGUCGGGCCCCUGGGGGAGGGUGGGGCCCAUAAGGUGCGAGCUGGGGGCACUGGGCUGGACCGGGGCGUGGCAGGAGUUCCAGCGGAGUUUAGUAUCUGGACCCGGGAGGCUGGCGCGGGGGGGUUGUCAAUUGCCAUAGAGGGGCCCAGCAAGGCAGAGAUCAGCUUUGAGGACAGGAAGGAUGGCUCCUGUGGGGUCACCUACGUCGUCCAGGAGCCUGGUGAUUACGAGGUGUCAAUCAAGUUCAAUGACGAGCACAUCCCCGACAGCCCCUUCAUCGUUCCCAUCGCCACGCUGUCAGAUGACGCCCGGCGACUCACGGUCACCAGCCUGCAGGAGAAAGGUUUGAAGGUAAACCAGGAGGCCUCCUUUGCUGUGCAGCUGAACGGUGCGAGGGGCGUGAUUGAUGCCAAGGUGCACACGCCCUCCGGGGCCAUUGAGGAGUGCUACGUCACCGAGCUGGACAGUGACAAGCAUGCAAUCCGCUUUAUCCCGCGGGAAAAUGGCGUCCACUCCAUCGAUGUCAGGUUCAACGGCAGCCACAUCCCUGGCAGUCCUUUCAAGAUCCGCGUGGGGGAGCCAGAGCAGGUCGGGGACCCAGGGCUGGUAUCUGCCUGUGGGCCCGGGCUGGAGGGAGGUACUACAGGCAUGCCCUCAGAGUUUCUGGUGAACACCUGCAAUGCAGGCUCGGGGGCGCUGUCUGUCACCAUUGACGGGCCCUCCAAGGUGAAGAUGGAGUGCAACGAGUGCCCCGAGGGGUACAGGGUGACAUACACGCCCAUGGCGCCCGGGAGCUACCUGAUCUCCAUCCGAUAUGCAGGGCCACAGCACAUCGUGGGGAGCCCCUUCAAGGCCAAAGUCACAGGUGUGCGUCUGUCGGGGGGGCACAGCUUGCAUGAAACCUCCUCUGUUCUGGUGGAGACUGUCACCAAGGCGUCCACCAUGGGCGGAGCGUAUGUCUCUAUGCCCAAGUUCUCAUCAGACGCCAGUAAGGUGGUCUCUCGGGGAGCUGGGCUCUCCAAGGCCUUCGUGGGACAGAAGAACACUUUCACUGUGGACUGCAGUAAAGCAGGCAUGAACAUGCUGAUGGUGGGCGUUCAUGGACCCAAGACCCCCUGCGAGGAGGUAUAUGUCAAACACAUGGGCAACAGGAUGUACAACGUCACCUACACAGUGAAGGAGAAGGGCGACUACAUCCUCAUCGUCAAGUGGGGUGAUGAGAAUGUCCCUGGGAGCCCUUUCUGUGUCACCGUACCCUGAAACCCCCAUUUCCCCUUCGCCCUGCACUGCACCCCCAAAUGGACCUACUACCCCCAACGGGCGUGCUAAAAAAAAGGCAGACAUUUUUUCUGUCUCUUAGUCAGAAAAAAACUAAAUUUACCACUCAAGCAUUGUGCCAAAUCUCAGUAUUAACCUUAGAGCAUGCUUGUAGUGACAAACCGCGUUGCAUGCUAGCCACCUUCACCAGGAUGUUCUUUCACGCGGUCAGCCCUCAAGCUGUUUUUUCCCUUUAUUUCUCUAAUAUUUUUAUAUACUUUUUGAUGAUAAACUGUACGAUGAGGAAACAAAAGUGGAUCUUUUUUUUUCUUUUUCAGUUUAUGUUAGUGAAAUCUCAUCCAUUUCUGUGUACACCCAAAGGAACUAACCUUAGCUGCAACCUUUAUUUUUUCACUCAGCUCCUCAAAAGACGCAUAUACACCGAGCACCGUUUGUAUACGUCAGAUUACACACACAAGCCACUACAUGAAUGAAAUGGUUAACAUGGCUUUUAAGCACUGUCAGAGCAAAUGAAAUUUGGGAUUUAUUUAUUUAGUUUUUUUUAAUGACUUUUUUAAUGACGGGACUUUUUGAUGAUGAGAAACGUAAAUCAAAGCUGAAUCAGACAAUUAAGUCUGAACAUUUUGACAGAGACUUCCUCUGUGAUGACAUAACCCAGGAUUAAGGAAUGUGAUUGGUGGAGAGACUUUUUGUGAAAAGAGAGCAAUGAUUUAUUAUGUGAAUGUCGAAACAGAAAAUGCAGUAUUGAGUGACAUUUUAUAGUGUUUUUGUAUGUAUUAAAAUGAUCUAAUUGUUUGAUAUAUUAAC